AUGACGGAUACUACGGAUGAUAUUGCGGAGGAAAUCUCCUUUCAGAGCUUCGAUGAUGAUUGUAGGUUGCUUGGUAAUCUUCUCAACGACAUUCUUCACCGUGAAGUUGGUACCUCUUUCGUUGAUAAACUCGAAAGGAUUCGAGUUCUUGCUCAGAGUGCAUGUAAUAUGAGGCAAGCGGGUAUUGUGAACAUGGGUGAGAUACUUGAGAAGCAAUUGGCUUCGGAGUUGUCAAAGAUGACGUUACAAGAAGCUUUCACUCUUGCUCGUGCUUUCAGCCAUUAUCUUACUAUGAUGGGUAUAGCUGAAACUCACCAUAGGGUUCGUAAAGGAGGGAAUAUGGCACAAAUUUCAAAAUCUUGUGAUGAUGUGUUUAACCAGCUUGUGCAGGGUGGAGUUUCCCCCGAUGACCUUUAUAACACAGUCUGCAAGCAGGAGGUUGAAAUUGUUCUCACAGCUCACCCCACACAAAUUAAUCGCCGUACGCUUCAGUACAAACACAUUAGAAUCGCGCAUCUCUUGGAUUAUAACGACCGCCCUGAUCUUAGCCCUGAAGAUCGAGAAAUGCUGAUUGAAGAUCUGGUGAGAGAGAUAACUUCAAUAUGGCAGACAGAUGAGCUUAGGCGCCAAAAACCCACUCCGGUUGAUGAAGCCAGAGCUGGUUUGAAUAUAGUGGAGCAAUCACUCUGGAAAGCUCUUCCUCAUUAUUUGCGCCGAGUCAGCAAUGCUUUAAAGAAGCAUACAGGAAAGCCACUUCCACUGACUUGCACUCCCAUAAAGUUUGGAACUUGGAUGGGAGGUGAUAGAGAUGGAAACCCAAACGUGACGGCAAAGGUCACAAAAGAUGUUUCACUUCUAUCAAGAUGGAUGGCAAUUGACCUCUAUAUUCGGGAAGUGGAUAGCCUCAGAUUUGAGCUAUCUAUGAAUCGGUGCAGCGAUACUUUGUCAAGAUUGGCACAUGAAAUCCUAGAAGGAGCUAAAGAUGAGAAUCGUCGUGAGAGUUGGAAUCAAUCAAUGAAUAGAAGUCAGUCACUUCCAACACAACUUCCAGCUAGAGCUUAUUUACCCUCUUUUGCUGCAAAUGGUGAAUCACAGCAUCCUAGACUAGACAUUCCAGGACCUGACCACAAGGAUGUUGGGAUUUCUCCAAACUUAGCUACAAUCAGAACUGGCAAUCCUAGUAUUCAAGUAUCACAAAAAAGUUCAGAAAAUUCCAAUGCUUCUUCAGCUUCGAUUCCAUCUUCUCCUUCUCUCAUCUCCAGUCAACCGCUUUCUCAGAGGAAAUUGUUGGCAGAAUCCCAAACAGGAAAGUCUGGUUUUCAGAAGCUUUUAGAGCCACAGCUCCCUCAACUUCCUGGUAUUGCUCCUUAUAGAGUUGUCUUGGGAAAUGUAAAGGAUAAGCUUGAGAGAAGCCGUAGACGGUUAGAACUUCUUCUUGAGGAUGUUACAUGUGACUACGAUCCUUUGGAUUAUUAUGAAACAGCUGACCAGCUUUUGGAACCUCUGCUCCUUUGUUAUGAAUCUCUGCAAUCAUACGGAUCCGGGGUGCUAGCUGAUGGUCGACUUGCUGAUCUGAUUCGUAGAGUUGCUACCUUUGGAAUGGUUCUAAUGAAGCUUGACUUGCGCCAGGAAUCGGGGAGACAUGCUGACACGCUUGAUGCAAUUACAACGUAUUUGGAUAUGGGUACUUACAGUGAGUGGGAUGAAGAAAAGAAAUUAGAUUUCUUAACCAGAGAGCUGAAAGGGAAGAGGCCACUAGUUCCUGUUAGUAUAGAGGUUCCUGCUGAUGUUAAAGAAGUCUUGGAUACAUUCCAAAUAGCUGCUGAAUUAGGGAGUGAUUCCCUUGGAGCUUAUGUGAUCUCUAUGGCCUCCAGUGCAAGUGAUGUCCUUGCAGUAGAGCUUUUACAAAAGGAUGCACGGCUUGCUGCUACUGGAGAGUUGGGAAGACCAUGUCCUGGUGGAACGUUGCGGGUUGUCCCUCUAUUUGAGACCGUGAAGGACCUAAGAGAAGCUGGUUCAGUUAUCAGGAAACUUUUAUCAAUAGACUGGUACCUCGAACACAUCAUUAAGAAUCACAACGGUCAUCAAGAGGUUAUGGUUGGAUAUUCUGAUUCUGGUAAAGAUGCUGGUCGCUUCACUGCUGCAUGGGAACUUUACAAAGCUCAAGAAGAUGUUGUAGCCGCUUGCAAUGAUUAUGGUAUUAAAGUUACAUUGUUCCAUGGCCGUGGAGGCAGUAUUGGCCGGGGUGGUGGCCCUACAUAUCUGGCUAUUCAAUCCCAACCACCCGGAUCUGUGAUGGGAACACUUCGGUCUACUGAACAGGGAGAAAUGGUAGAGGCCAAAUUUGGAUUACCACAGAUAGCUGUUAGACAACUUGAAAUAUACACAACUGCGGUACUACUCGCAACUCUUCGUCCACCUCUCCCACCCCGGGACAAAAAUUGGCGUAAUCUCAUGGAAGAAAUCUCAGAGAUCAGUUGCCAGUGUUACCGCAAUGUAGUCUACGAAAAUCCAGAUUUCCUUUCCUACUUCCACGAAGCCACGCCUGAAGCAGAACUCGGCUUCCUCAACAUAGGUAGCCGUCCGGCAAGAAGGAAGAACACGAGGGGAAUCGGAAACCUACGUGCUAUUCCCUGGGUAUUUGCAUGGACUCAAACCAGAUUUGUUCUUCCAGCAUGGCUCGGAGUCGGAGCAGGUUUGAAAGGUGCUUGUGAGAAAGGUCAUAGUGAAGAACUAAAAGCAAUGUACAAAGAAUGGCCUUUCUUUCAAAGUACAAUUGACCUUAUCGAGAUGGUGUUAGGGAAAGCAGACAUUACUAUAGCCAAGUACUACGACGAAGCUCUUGUGUCAAAGGAGAGGCAAGAACUCGGUCACGAGCUAAGAAAUGAGCUCUUGACAGCUGAGAAGUUCGUGCUUGUGAUUAGUGGCCAUGAGAAACUUCAGCAGAAUAACAGAAGCUUGAGGAGGUUGGUUGAGAAUAGGCUUCCAUUUCUCAAUCCUAUGAACCUGUUGCAGGUGGAGAUUCUCAAGAGGUUAAGGCGCGAUGACGACAACCUCAAACUCAGAGAUGCUUUACUUAUCACUGUAAAUGGAAUCGCUGCGGGGAUGAGGAAUACCGGUUAA